AUGAUAUGUUUUUACUCAACAGGUCAACUUUUGUGGAAUAAAAGAAAUUCGGAAUGGGUGUUAAGAACGGGAGAGGUUAAACAGGGUAGUUUGAUACUCGUUAACGAACAAUGUGGAAAUAUUGAAUUAAGGCUACCAUUGAGAGGAUUAAGCCUUCGUCCGAGUAAUAUACCAAGAUCAUUUUGCCUUACAGAAGCCGAAGGACUCAGAUUGCUUAUGUUUCAGGUUCAGGUAGAUAAAAAUCAUAAUUUAUCAUACCUUACAUAA